AAAAACAGAAAAACUGCAAAAAAUCCUACCCUUUUUUUAUGAGAAAAAGACAAAUUCAACGUUCUCACAGACUUAUCAGACACCAAAAAUUCUCCCCCUCUCUCCCUCUCGCUCUCAUUUUCUCUCUCCUCGCGAGGAGUUACAGAACUGACAUAUACAGCCAUUGAUAGCUGCAGAAGCUUCUACGAUAUCUUAAGAUCUCAUCUCACAUUUCAUUCAUCAUCUUUUUAGGUGUUAGUAGACGAGGUAAAAAAAAAGAGCGGAAGUCUUGUUUGGACUUGUAACUUGCUUGUAAGUGAGAAGAAGCUGGACCGGAGAGUUGAUAAGGUUUCAUAGAGCAGGUCAUUUUGGAGCUUUGUAUCUGAGGGAGGUGCCUCAUUACAAGGGUCUGUGAGUGGGCGCUCGGGGGUGUUAAGAAAGGCAUUUCAAGAUACAGCGACCAAGUUCAGGGGGUGAGUUCCCCCAAAGUGGCGAGUUCAGUCCAUUUCCAGUGGCUAGGAGGGUGAAUUCCUCUCAUUCCGUCAUGAUGGAUGAUAUGGAGAGUGGUUCUAUGGGGUCUUAUCAAGAUAGGCCCCGCACUUUCCCUGACAUGCGCACCAAACCUUAUACCCCUUUGGUUUUUCAAAUCAUUAUGGGGCUAAACACUCGGUUUCUUUUUGUUCUUAUGCUUCUGGCCUUCGGAUUUAUCUUCUAUAUUGGAGCUAGCACUUCUCCAAUAAUUGUUUUUGUAUUUUCCGUCUGCAUCAUCAGCUUCCUUGUGUCAAUAUAUCUCACAAAGUGGGUUCUGGCAAAGGAUGAGGGACCUCCAGAGAUGGUCCAGAUAUCAUAUGCUAUACGUGAUGGAGCUGAAGGCUUUUUUAGGACCCAGUAUGGAACCAUCUCUAGAAUGGCUGUUCUGCUGGCCUUGGUAAUUCUCAGUAUAUAUUUGUUGCGGGAGAGAACACCACAACAAGAAGCUGCUGGAGUUGGGAGGGUUUCAUCUGCUUUUAUUACUGUUAUUUCUUUUCUGCUGGGAGCUUUGUGCUCAGGUAUAGCUGGAUAUGUUGGGAUGUGGGUGUCUGUUCGUGCAAAUGUCCGGGUUUCUAGUGCAGCAAGACGGUCAGCCAGAGAAGCUUUACAGAUAGCUGUUCGUGCUGGUGGUUUCUCCGCCCUUAUUGUCGUAGGGAUGGCUGUACUUGGCAUCGCCAUUCUCUAUUCUUCCUUCUAUGUCUGGUUGGGCGUGGAUUCACAUGGUUCAAUGAAAGUCACAGAUCUUCCUCUUCUACUUGUUGGUUACGGCUUUGGAGCUUCCUUUGUUGCUCUUUUUGCUCAAUUGGGUGGUGGAAUAUUCACAAAAGCAGCUGAUGUUGGUGCUGACCUUGUUGGAAAAGUUGAGCAGGGAAUACCUGAAGAUGAUCCUCGUAAUCCUGCUGUCAUCGCUGACCUGGUUGGAGACAAUGUUGGGGACUGUGCUGCUCGUGGUGCAGAUCUAUUUGAAAGUAUUGCUGCGGAGAUCAUAAGUGCCAUGAUAUUAGGUGGAACAAUGGCACAACGUUGUAAAAUUGAAGAUCCAUCUGGCUUUAUCUUGUUCCCUUUGGUGGUUCACUCCUUUGACCUUGUCAUAUCUUCUGUGGGUAUAUUUUCGAUAAGAGGCACAAGAGGGGCCGGCGUAGCUGCAGAAGAUCCAAUGAGAAUUCUUGAGAAAGGAUACUCUGUCACAAUAGUAUUAGCGGUUCUAACCUUUGGUGCGUCAACUCGUUGGUUGCUUUACACAGAGCAGGCACCUUCAGCUUGGAUGAAUUUUGCAUUGUGUGGUCUGGUGGGAAUCAUAACAGCAUACUUAUUUGUAUGGAUCACCAAGUAUUACACUGAUUAUAAGUAUGAGCCAGUACGUACAUUGGCUCUUGCAAGCUCAUCAGGCCAUGGGACUAAUAUAAUUGCUGGUGUCAGCUUGGGACUGGAAUCAACUGCACUUCCAGUUCUUGUUAUCAGUGUAUCUAUCAUUUCUUCUUACUGGUUGGGUCAUAGUUCUGGAUUGCUAGAUGAAGCUGGAAACCCUACUGGCGGACUGUUCGGAACAGCAGUGGCCACAAUGGGCAUGCUCAGUACUGCUGCUUAUGUCCUAACUAUGGAUAUGUUUGGGCCAAUAGCAGACAAUGCGGGUGGAAUUGUGGAGAUGAGCCAACAGCCUGAAAGUGUCCGAGAAAUUACUGAUGUCCUUGAUGCAGUUGGGAACACCACAAAAGCUACCACCAAAGGGUUUGCUAUUGGAUCUGCAGCACUUGCAUCUUUUCUUCUUUUUAGUGCUUACAUGGACGAGGUGGCUUCUUUUGCUCGUGUACCUUUUAAAGAGGUUGACAUUGCAGUUCCAGAAAUUUUUGUUGGUGGCUUGCUAGGCUCUAUGCUAAUCUUCCUCUUUAGUGCAUGGGCCUGUUCAGCUGUUGGUCGUACAGCUCAGGAGGUUGUAAAUGAAGUGAGAAGGCAAUUUAUCGAAAGGCCUGGUAUCAUGGAUUACCAAGAAAAGCCCGAUUACGGCCGUUGUGUAGCAAUUGUAGCAUCUGCCUCAUUGAAGGAAAUGAUCAAACCCGGUGCUUUGGCUAUUAUAUCACCCAUAGCGGUUGGUAUUGUUUUCCGGAUACUUGGACAUUAUAUUGGACACCCAUUACUUGGUGCAAAAGUGGUGGCUGCAAUGUUGAUGUUCGCUACUGUUACUGGCAUCCUUAUGGCUCUUUUCUUGAAUACGGCUGGUGGUGCUUGGGAUAAUGCAAAGAAGUAUAUAGAGACUGGGGCUCUUGGAGGCAAAGGGAGUGAAUGUCACAAAGCUGCUAUUACCGGAGACACUGUCGGAGAUCCUUUUAAAGACACGGCUGGACCUUCAAUCCAUGUUCUGAUAAAAAUGCUUGCGACGAUUACUCUGGUUAUGGCGCCUAUAUUCCUGUAGAGUUGUUAAUACGAACGUGCAGAUUUUAACUAGACAAACACCCCUUUCCUGUCUCCUUUUGAUGUAGUUAGAGGGUGCCAAAAUCAUUUGCUGAGUUACUUUAGUCACAGAGGAAUUUCUUUUGUUUUUCUAUUUUUGAAUAAAAUAUCUCUUUAGGCAGAAUCUCGAAUAUCCUCUUUGUAUUGGUGCUUUUUCUGUUGAGUAUAUGACAAGAAAAAAUAUCAAACAGUAGUUGGCCA